CUCCAUUUGAUUAUGAGACCAUUCCUGUUGAGAAGAAUGAAAAAAGAUACUGAUUGAGACUUACCACCAAAGACUGAGUUCCACAUCAAAGUUGGCUUAACAGAGAUCCAAAAGAAAAUCUACAGAGAGCUUCUUACAAAUUCUGCUAUUGAGAAAGGAUCUACUGUGAGCCAUUACAAAAAUUUAGUAAUACAAUUGAGAAAGGUCUGUAACCAUCCUUAUCUCUUUAAUGGCAUCGAAGAUCCAGCAGAAGAGGAGUUUGGAGAACAUCUUGUUCAAGUAUGAGGGAAGAUGAGAUUUCUUGACCAACUUCUAAAGAAAACUAAAGCUGAUGGAAACCAAUGCCUAAUCUUCUCCAAUUUCACCACUCAGCUAAAUAUCCUUGAAGAUUACUGUCUCAUGAGGGAGUUUCAAUAUUGAAGACUUGAUGGUACAACAGAUCUUGAUGAUAGAGAGCGUCAAAUAGAUGAGUUCACCAAAAAGGAUUCUGAAUAUUUUGUAUUCCUCAUUUCCACCAGAGCCGGUGGCCUCGGUCUAAACCUCAUGAGUGCUAACGUAGUCGUCCUCUAUGACUCUGAUUGGAACCCUCAGAUUGACCUUCAAGCUAUGGACAGAGCUCACAGGAUUGGUCAGACAAAGCCAGUCCAAGUGUUCCGACUAAUAACCCAGUCAACCAUGGAGGAGAAGAUGAUUGAAAAACAAGCAAUGAAGCUGAAACUUGACUCAAUGAUUAUCCAAAAAGGUGGUCAGCAGAAGACGAAUAUCUCCAAAGAGGACCUUGCCAAUAUUGUAAACUACGGUGCUGAUAAGAUCUUCAAAGCUGGAGAUGACAUAACUAGCGAUGAUAUCGAUACCAUUAUCGCCAAAGGUAAAGAGUCUGCUGAAAAACUCGCUGAAGAAUCAGACAAUCUGAUCAAAAAGAAGUUUGACAUGAAGAAUUUCGAGAUUAACAGCCUCAACUUCUGGGAGUUUGAAGAUGAGAAUUAUCUUCAAAAGAGAAAGGAAAUUGAGCUUAAACUCAUUGCUGAUAAUGUCGUCAAGAUCUUAGAUGAGAAAAAAAAAGAAGGACGUCGAGAAAAGCUAAAGAAAAUGAAGAACCUGAAUGAAGACGCCCUCUGUCCUGAACUUGCAAGUAAAGAUAAGGACAAACCUGUUGAUAAUAGAAGGGAAUUUAUUGAUCUUCCUGACUGGAGAUUUUAUAAAGAAAUUAUCAGACUCAGAGAUCUUAUCAAUAAGGAAGAAAAUUCAAAGAACGACCCAAAGUUUGAGCUCAGUCUUGAUGAAAAGGCUGAGAAAGAUAUGAUCCUCAAAGAGUCUUUCCAUAAUUGGUCUUAUAGAGAGUACAACAGACUUCUUGAAGCAUUAGAUUUCUGACUUCCUGAUGAGACAAAACGAAUUUCAGAAUUCAUUGAAACCAAAUCCCCAGAAGAAGUUAAGCCAUACAUAGAAACAUUGCUUAGAAAUUACAAUAAUUUAACAGAUUGCCAGUUAAUAAGAUCCACACUAAAUACCACAAAGAAAAUGCUGGAGUACAAAUGGGGAGAGAGCUCUAAGAAUCCUCCUUGUGGGCCCUCACUGUACCCCACAAUUCUUCCAUUCUGCACUCAAAAGUCCAAAUUGUACAGCAAGGAGUCAGACAUAACUCUACUUAAGUUGACCCACUCUUUAGGAUAUGGCAACUGGAAGCUAAUCAAGAAGUCACUCAAGAAGACCAAGAGUCGAUUCAAUCAUUGUUUAUUGUCUAGAACAGAGCCUGAACUCAAGAAACGAGUAGAUUUGAUUAUUAAAGCAGUCGAUAAAGAAGCAAAAGAGAACCUUCACACAGUCAAAUCUGAGCUUGUAAAAGACAUCCUCAAGAUGAAAGAGAUAUGGGAAAAAGCCCAAAUAGAACAGAGUGAUGAUGAAGAAGAAGAGGAAGGGCUCUACUGUGGCAAAAAGCGAGAAAGGCCUCAAAAUGAAUUUUCCAAAAACAAACGAACACGUCAUUAAUACUCCUAAUUUCAAUUUUUACUCUAAAAAUU